AUGUCUGACAUGGUGAGGUUGGAGUCCCCGCCGCCAUCGCUCCGGCCUCCCCGCGGCCCACACGUGACCAGGGAGAACCCCGCGCUGCUUCCGCCCACCAAUCACAGCGCGCGAUCGCUCCUGGAUUUACAUAACCACGCUUUCGGUCCUGACCCCGCCCACCGCCGGCUGAAGCCGCUAAGAGCGGUCCUAGCACGGAAAGCGCUCCCAAUUCCUUCCGGGUUCUCUCAGGAUCGCUUCGAGUGCUCCCAGUAUUGGUUCCAGCACUGUGCAGGGCGCGGCCACUUUGGAACCCCCCAGGGCAGAGCACGGCUGCUUUUCAGUGUCGGCACCGACCUGGGCCGGGCUGGGAGCGGAGGAGGGGGAGGAAGGAAAGAGGAGCGGGAAGAACAAGAAGGGGAAAGUCAGGAACAUGAGGAAGAGGAGCUGCAAGAGAAAGAGCAGCAGCAGAACCACUCGGCUCUCCCGCCCGCCCGCUCAGGCUGCAGUUCCCCCAACUCUGGCAGCAUCGCCCUGCCCCCCCGGAACCCACAGAACCAGGAUUUCCCAUUCCCAAAUCAUGGUCAGAUGGAGGAGGAGGCCGUGAGGAAGAUGGCCCAGAAGCCCCAUGCAGACAAGGAGCUGAGGAUGGAGACCAGGGAGGACAAAUCCCCACAGCUGAACCUUAUGGAAAAGGCAUUUUAAACCAGCUCCAUGGUGCAGGAAUCCAAGGAGGAGGAAAAGCCCCAGAGAUCCCUCAUGAGGGGUUACAAAUGCAGAUCACGGUGAUCCAAAGCAGAAAGACCCACUCCGGGCCAGGGAGGUGGCCAGAGAUGCUGCUGGAGCUAAGAGCUGGGAGUCCAUGAGCAGCUUCAUGAUGGGGAGAAGCCCCACAAGUGCUCAGAAUGUGGGAAGAGCUUCAGCAAGUGAUCCUACCUGAUCCAACACUGGAGAAUCCACAUGAGGGAACAGCCCUAUGAGUGUGGGGAGUGUGGGAAGGGCUUCAAGACAAGCUCUGACCUGACUGCCCACCAGAUGAGCCACACAAAGCAGAGGCGUGCCGAUUGUGAGGAAUGCAGGAAGACAUUUAAGACCAGCUCCAGUCUCCUCAGGCAUCAGCAGACUCAGAGGAGAGGCCCUUCCACUGACCCAACAAUGGGAAUGGCUUCAACCAAAACUCCACUGUCGUCACCCACCAGCGCAUAUAUACUAGGACGAGGCCCUAAUGUGUG